UACUUAAAACCUCAUCCAUUCAAAUUCUUUCUAAUGUGGCUUUCAGGUGCUUUCCCAUCAUUUCUUCAACUAUCUAACGGAUAUGGCGGGAAUUUGCUCCUCCGCCGUCAUUACUUCAACAACCUACUACUCCAAAAUCACCAAUACCACUAGAUGCUGUUCAAACCCUUCAACUAAUCGCAUAUCAAAAAAACAAACACCAAAACUCCUCAAAUUUGCUGUUAAUGGAGUCACCGAAUUCCUUAGGAUUUUUUCUUUUGUCGAAUGGAUAUGGUGGAAUCUAAAGAGGAAGAGGAGUUAUUGGUUUAUGGGGUUGAUGAUAUAUUGGCUAUACUCAAGUCUGAUUAUGAAAAUGCUUAUUUUGUUACAGGGAUUUUUACCUCUUCAAUCUAUGCUGAGGACUGUCUUUUUGAAGAUCCAACCAUUAAUUUCCGUGGUAAUAAUGGGCUCUACAAUCUCUGGAAGAGAUUUGUAUUCACGUAAUUUGAAAUUGCUGGUACCGUUUUUUGAGCAACCCUCUAUUGUGCUCAAAAGCAUUGAAAAGGGCGUUGAUGCUGGGAGUGAUUUUGUAUUGGCAAAUUGGAGCCUAAGGACCUACUUAAAGCUUCCAUGGAGACCUCUGAUUGCCAUUGAAGGAAGUACAAUCUAUGAUUUGAAUGAUAAAUAUAAAAUUGUCAGACAUGUGGAAAGGUGGAGUGUUUCUGCAGUUGAUGCAGUUGGGCAGAUAUUCACUCCUGGUUUUAGAAGAUCUUUGGAUUGAACAGGUAAUUUCAGGAGAAAUCUCAUGUUCGAGCAACAGUUAUAAAUUUGAAUAUUGUGAGAUUCCUAUCUGAUCUUUUGCGAGGUGAGUCGUUGAGGUGAUUUCCCUCUUGGAUUAUUCUUUUGUAUAGGUUGCUGCUUUAUUUUUACAAAAAUGACUAAUGUUGCUUGAUAUACAAAGGACAGAAACCUUGGCUUCGAGCGGUAGCCUAGGGGAGAGUUGUCUAGUUGCUGUAGUGUCUCCACCCUUUGCCACUAACAGGUCGUUUGGUAGCUGGAAAUUAAAUUGUAGUCGCGAUGAGGAAUUUAUAUGUAAAUUUGUAAAGAAAGUCCAAUGCGGACAAGUAAUUCUGUCUCUUGGUGCAAAACUAUUCUGCUGAAUGAAGCUUGUGAUGUUUGUCAUCAAGCUAGAUCAACAAGAGAUAAAUUUCAAAUCAUUGAAAGUAAAACAACAAACAAUUGUUUUUACUGAUACAUUGUGAUCUUUGCCUCUUAGGGGACUAAUUAUACGCUUCUUCUUGUGGAGCCAUUUGAUUUUAUUUCUAUUACGGAUAAUUGCUGGAUAAUUGUACGGGUGAUAUUUUUGAAUGAUACUAUCGAUUUAUAAAAAUCAUGUUUAAAAGUUGUUUGA